AUGAGCCAGACGCCGGGUCCUGUUCAGGAAAUCCGGCUACAGUCCACCAUCACCUUGAACGGGAUCGUGGAGAUGGAACGUGCAACGGCUUUACCUGGGCUCUUGACGCAUGUGCGUCCUCAGCGAAUUGCAGAUGAAUGCCAGGGAGCCUGGGUCCAUGUCAAAAAGCAUUCCAAUCUCAGCAUUGCAGUUGUCCAGUUUCCAAACUCAAAGAUCCGGGAUGUUGUUUGGCAGCAGAGCAUUGCUGCCGACGGCCGGUUCGCAGACUUCCCAUCCAUCCGUUUCGAUAUGAAGCCCCAUCAGGAGAAGGUGGAGGCGGGUGGCAAGAGGGAAGUGCCAGGUGCGCUCUUUGUAGCCUGGAAGGGUGGGAACCCAAUCAUCGCACGUGAUUUGCAAUGCUUUUUUGACAGGAUCACUGCGCCAAUGAUGGAGGCUUUCCAGCCUGCAGGAGCAAGCGUGGCAGACGUGUUGCUUCAGGGAAAACGCACCCUUGGCCCGUACAGUGGAACAGGCUCCAGCGGCGAGGACGUCGUGGUCUUGAGGCUGACGCGCAUGGCCCGUUCCCCCCAGGUCAUCAACCUCCUUCUGCAAUCUCCAGUGCUAGAGCCGUGCCACGAGCGCGUGCGCAACUCCGGAUGUGGUGUCUCUCCGACAUGGGCAAAUGGAGCCAAGAUCCUGGUGCCUGGCAUCCUGGCGCAGGAUGUGCACGAUGCAGGUGUCACUCUUCAGGAUCACCAUGUGCUUGUCUACAGCAGUGAGAUAGAGUUGGUCCGCAGGGCUCUCGCUGCCAUGCCCUGCCGAGAGCGUCCCAAAGUUGCCCACCAUCAGGACAUGGGCAAGAUGCGGAAGCCACGGAUGCCCGAUGCCGACGAGCCCGACUUCGUGGUUGAGUGCUCCUUGCGCACGUACUCGAGCUUCGGCCCAAAUUCGACGUCGGGGCACUGCGAUAGACUCUGA